GAGGAAGCCUAGCAGAGACCAGAACCAGGAUCAAUAAUUGGUCAUUAUUUAGAGACUGGUUAAGGUUGCGAUGGGACGAACAUGAAGCCCAGCAACAAGAGUUCGGGUCGGCAUCUGUUGGUUCUAGCUGCAUAGUUUUGGUACUUUACUCGGGUUAAAAUCCUGACCUUCCCAGUCACCUCCCCUGAGGAAUCCCAGCCUAUUCUGCUUUGGCAAAGCUCCUUCAGAUCUGAUGGCCUUCUGACGUGGACCUUUGUCUUCAGGUUACCUCACAGCUUCUAAAUGGGAUUCAUGUUUGGGCUUUGUGCAGGCCACCAGCAGCAACGUAUCUUUUAGGUCGUUGUCCAGUUCCAGAUACACUGAAGCAUCUCCACAGCAUAAUACUCCCACCACUUUGUUUUACUGCACAGGGGGUGUCCCUUAUGUCGUUGGCCUCUCACUUCUUUUUGUGAUCUGACCAAACAGCAUGCUUCCAGGAUGCAGGAUCUAUCUCCAGGUUAUCUCUAACAUACUUCAGGCUGGCUUGAAUGUGUCCCUUCUGCUGAAAGCACCAACCCUCUAACUGCCGCCAUGAGCUCCCGGGUGUGCCGGACAUGUGGGGGGUCCGACGUCGAUGUCGACCAGGCCCGGGGCAGCGCGGUGUGUACGGGCUGCGGCUCGGUUCUAGAGGACAACAUCAUAGUAUCGGAGGUCCAGUUCGUGGAGGGAAGUGGAGGAGUGUCAUCCGCCGUGGGACAGUUCGUCUCUGCUGAUGGUCCGGUUAAAGCUCCUCUCCUUGGUUCUGGUUUCCACACUGGUGUUGGAAAGGAGUCCAGGGCCCAGACGCUGCAGAACGGUAAACGUCAGAUCCAGCAGCUUGGCAGCCAGCUGCAGCUCAACCAGCACUGUCUGGACACGGCCUUCAACUUCUUCAAGCUGGUCGUCAGCAAACACCUGACCAGAGGACGGAGAACGGAGCACGUCAUCGCCGCCUGCCUCUACCUGGUGUGCCGCACCGAAGGCACGCCUCACAUGCUGCUGGACCUGAGUGACCUGCUUCAGGUGAAUGUCUACAUCCUGGGAAAGACCUUCCUGCUGCUGGCCCGGGAGCUGUGCAUCAACGCGCCCGCCAUCGACCCCUGCCUGUACAUCCCUCGCUUUGCUCACAUGUUAGAGUUUGGAGACAAGAACCACGAGGUUUCCAUGACGGCUCUUCGUCUGGUUCAGAGAAUGAAGAGGGACUGGAUGCACACGGGUCGCCGACCGUCCGGGCUCUGUGGAGCAGCUCUCCUGGUAGCGGCUCGGAUGCACAAGUUUCGUUGUUCAGUGAAGGACGUGAUCAGCGUGGUGAAGGUGUGCCAGACCACUCUGAGGAAGAGGUUAACAGAGUUUGAGGACACGCCCACCAGUCAGCUGACCAUCGAUGAGUUCAUGAGAGUGGAUCUGGAGCAGGAAUGUGAUCCUCCGUCCUUCACUGCUGGACAGCACAAAGUCAAGAUGCAGCAGCUGGAGCAAGAGCUGGCCCGGAAGUUGGACGAAGUGGAAGGAGAGAUCAGCUGCUACAAAGAAGAAAUAGAGACUGAGCUGGAAAAGAGUCGACCCAAACUGAGGGGAAUCUACGCUGCCUACGCCAAAGAAAUUGAUCCGGAAGAUGAGGAAGUUCUGUCCUCUACAUCUGACAUGGAGGAGAGGGAGAGGGAGGGAGAAAAUGCUGACCUCCAAGCUGCUACCCAGCACCUGACGCAGGACUUCCUGUGUCAGGUAAUCCAGGAGGAGGGGGGGCAGGGUAAGACGACACCUGAAGGUGUUUACAGCCAGGAAGCUGCACCAGAAAAGGAGGGAACAGGGGUACACUCCCAGGUCACUCCUCUGUCCUCCAUCCUGGGAAAGCUGCCGAGCACUGCCAGCCUGGGUCUCCAGGAGACCUUUAAGACCUUCGAUAAGUCAGAACCAAGCGAGGAACCAAAUGAGAAGCUGUCUCAGACUGGAGAGCUGGACCUGGAAGGUAUUGAUGAUCAGGAGAUCGAUAAGUACAUCCUUAAUGAUAGGGAGGUUGAGGUAAAGACGGAGCUGUGGAUCAAGCAGAAUGCAGAAUACCUGAAGGAGCAGAAAGAGAAGGAGGAGAGGAUAAACAAGGAGAAGGAACAGGGCACCUACAAGGAGAAGAAGAAGAAACACAAGAAGCGUGAACAGAUUGAAGCAGCGACAGCAGGCGAGGCGAUUGAGAAGAUGUUGGAGAAAAAGAGGAUCUCCAGUAAGAUCAAUUAUGAUGUUCUCCGAGAUCUGAACCAGACCACAGGGAGUCUCAGCACGCCGACCCCCAAACCCACAGAGGGCGUUGCCACACGUAAACGACUAAGCUGUCGUCGCCGCAAGAAGAACAGCAACACCAACGCAGAGCUGUCUGCUAACGCGGUCAUGAUGACGAAGAGGUUCCGUCGCCUCAUUUCCUCCUCACCAAGGAAAAAGAAAGCACCUCCUCAGAUGGAACCGGCUGUCACCAUGGAAACAGAAACAGAGGCUAUUUCUGAAGCUCCUCCUGAAGAUGUUCCUGACACAGGGAUCACCCCCGCUGAUGCUCUGCCCCUUGUGGAAACAGAGGAAGAGGAGGCUGAGGAAGAGUGUGUUAGUGCACUGCAGUUGGUUGGAGAUUACGGCUGUGAGGAAGAGGUUUUCUAGCUCCAUCCAGACAAUUAUUGAUGAAGAUAAUCAGUGAUGGAAGCACCGGAGCAGAUUAGACUCAGAAGGAGCUUUUAUUGAUUCCAGAACUGAUUGCAGCUCAUUUUGUUACAACUUUUCAUUUUGAUAUGAGUUUGGACCAGGAGCCGAAUGAGUAGCAGCAUGUGUGUGACAGUGUGUGAGGCAGUGUGUUACUGUGUGUGUAUCGUUGUAUUUUAAUGAAAUCGUUGUGUGACAUGUACCGAACAGAAUCAUGAUCCAGUAGAAACAUUCCACCACAAUAAACAGACUCUGGAAGUCCAA